AUGUACAGUACUAUAUUAAACGCACUGGGAGGCUCGGGGGGCUGGAUUAUGACCUUGAAUUGCAACGACGAAUACUACAAGAACAUAGGGAAGAGUGUUGAUGCUAACGGCAACGCUAUUAUCAAGUACGAGGAUACUCGCGAAGAUGGCAUCAAAGGCGAGACGGCGGAAAUGCCUGCCGAAUUUAGCAUGUGUUAUGAGAAAACAGAGCUCAACGGCUGGUCAUUUUUUAACCAGCUCACGAAUAAGCAAGAAAUGGCCAUCUCCCCUGCGGCACUUGAUCGAUAUCGUACCAAGAAUAAGCUCUCUGACAUUGAGAAUACCGAAGCAGCGCUGAAGGGCAAAUCGCUUACGGGUCUAAAGCUUCGGGCGGCUGCCACAACCAUCCUGCAUGAAAUGACCCAUUUCUACAGCUUAUUUGGGGCGGGAAAAACAGGUUAG